CAAGGUCCAGUGCCUUGAGUUAUAAGUGGGUCUUUGAUGAGUGUUUAUGAAUUCAACUUCACUGAAAUUCUGCUUCCCCACACAAUCCAAAACACUGAUCGAGAGAGAGAGAUGGGUAGCAGCAGCAGCAUCACACCUGAAGAAGGAGAAGCAGUGCGUGUGAAUGUGAGCCGACUGCCUGGGUUCGGAUUCUGCCCCACGGAUGAGUUGCUGAUCAGGUACUACCUGAAGAACAAGAUAGAGGGGACGGACUCCCAUUUCCGCCGCAUCUUCCCUGAAAUCGAUCUCUGCAAGUACGAGCCCGGCGAUAUUCCUGCAUUCGUCCCAGAAGUUAAUGAGAAUGAGUGGGUCUUCUUCACCCGCCCCAAAUACAAGGACACCCGCUGCCCUCGCCGCGACCGGCUCACGCAUCAAGGCUUUUACAAGAUCACAGGAGAUGAGCGGGAGAUCAGGGAUGAAGAAUCCAAAGCUGCGAUUGGGAAGAAGAUUAUUCUGACCUUCCACGAAGGUCGUGGACCAAAAGCAAAGAAGUCCGAUUGGGUAAUCCAUGAGUAUUAUUGUACAAAAACUGAGGUGGGUUCUAAACCCACCAAGCAGAUGGACUUCGUCCUCUGCCGCCUGAAGAACAGGUCACCUAGUUAUAAGAAGCCGAAGGGUGAUCCAACCCGCGGCGAAUUACCUGAUUCAGGUGCUAACUCGGAAGACGAUCAAGCUGCUGGAGGUGAUGUGAUUGCAGGGCCAGUGGAACAUCUGGGAUACAAAGAGCUAGGAGAUGUUAAUAGCUCUGAGUCUCCAGAUGGUUCUUGUCUUAUAGACUAUAUUAACAUUUUGAGCUUUGAUGAUGGUGAUGAUGAAACUGGUGACGGGAAAUUCCCGGAUUUGGAUGAUCCAGCUGCAUCUGCUAGGUUUCUAGAGUUGCGGGCUGAGAUGGAAGAAAUUCUGAAUUCACCCCCUCAAACACCGCACCAGACACCACUAGAUUACCUUUCCUCUACAUUCCUGUCAUCAGGAAACAUUCAGCUGGGAGCUGUUCUGCAAGCCAAUGGCACUAGUGAUGAUUGUAAUACAAUACAAUCACCAUUUGGAGAUAAUAAUUAUUCUUAUACUGAUAAGAAUGAUAUUUUAACCUGUGAUGAAGGUGAACCUCAUAGCUUCACCGUGUCUGAUUUCGAAAAUAAAGUUGUAGAUGAUAUGUCUCAAGAGGUAUGUGUUCAGCCACAAAAGGACAUGGAUCUACUUCAGUUACAUGUCGCACAACAGUCACCAACAUACACAAAACUCGAAGAUUUUAUGGAUGCCAAUAUUUUUUAUGAUGAAUGCAUAGAGUGGCAGCCUCAAAUUGGAGAUGAAUAUUCACAUGUUAAUUGCAAGAAUAAUAUUUCAACCAAUGAUAAAAAUGAGCCGGUUAGCUGCAAUGCAUUUGAUUUGGAAAAUCAAUAUACAGAUAACAUGAUUCUGGAGCCAUGUGUUCAACCAGAAAGAUAUCUAAGAAGCGUUCUGCAUUCCGAUAUUUGUGACAACGGCUACAACAAUUGGCAACCUACAUGUUGGGAUAAAGAUUCUUAUCUUACAGAUAAGAAGAAUAUUUCAACCAAUGAUAAGGAUAAACAACAUAGCAGCAUUGCUUCUAAUUUUGAUAAUCAAGCUACGAAUAAAAGGAAGAGGUAGCUAGCAGCAAUUGAAAACAUUCUUUCAAUUUCCCAAAAAUACCUGCCUGAUGCCGUUAAUCAAGUCCUCCACGUAAUAACAUUUCAACCAAGUCGUAGUUCUCGCCUUAAUGGCAAUACUUCUAUUUGUCCUGCAGUUGUUGUUGCAUGGUUGCUGGAGUCUCUAUCAGUCUACGUAUUAUUGAUACUUAAGAUGUGAUUUUGUGUAUAAUUGGAAUGAUUAGCAAAAUAUAUGGUUGUAGUUUAAGAUCUUAAACCUUUCUAUAUAUAAGAAUAUCCUCGUGUAUUGUUUA